GGUGUGAUGGACAGGUAGCAGAAGAUUUCACUUUGAUAUCAGGGAAUCAGAAUGACUGAGUGCUUCCUGCCUCCCACUAGCAGCCCCAGUGAACAUCGUCGGGUGGAACACAGUGGGGGUCUUGCUCGUACUCCCAGCUCUGAAGAAAUCAGUCCUACAAAAUUCCCUGGAUUGUACCGCACCGGUGAGCCUUCACCACCUCAUGACAGCUUGCAUGAGCCUCCAGAUAUAGUAUCUGAUGAUGAAAAGGAGCAUGGGAAGAAGAAAGGAAAAUUUAAGAAGAAAGAAAAAAGAACGGAAGGUUAUGCUGCAUUUCAAGAGGACAGUUCUGGUGAUGAAGCUGAAAGUCCUUCCAAGUUGAAGCGGUCCAAGGGAAUACAUGUCUUCAAGAAACCCAGCUUUUCCAAAAAAAAGGAAAAGGAUUUUAAAAUAAAAGAGAAACCCAAAGAUGAAAAACACAAGGAAGAGAAACAUAAAGAGAAGAAGUCAAAAGACUUAACUGCAGCAGAUGUUGUAAAACAGUGGAAAGAGAAGAAGAAAAAGAAAAAGCCAAUUCAGGAGACAGAGAUACCUCAAGUGGAUGUUCCCAGUCAUAGACCCGUGUUUGGCAUUCCUUUGUCUGAUGCAGUAGACAGGACCAUGAUGUAUGAUGGCAUCCGCCUGCCAGCAGUUUUCCGUGAAUGUAUAGAUUACGUAGAGAAGUAUGGCAUGAAAUGUGAAGGCAUCUACAGAGUUUCAGGAAUAAAAUCAAAAGUUGAUGAGCUAAAAGCAGCCUAUGAUCGAGAAGAAUCACCCAACCUGGAAGAAUACGAGCCCAAUACAGUAGCCAGUUUGCUGAAACAGUACCUGCGAGAACUUCCUGAAAAUUUGCUUACCAAAGAGCUAAUGCCCCGCUUUGAAGAUGCUUGUGGAAAGAGCACGGAAGCUGAGAAAGUUCAGGAGUGCCAGAGGCUGCUGAAAGAGUUGCCAGAGUGUAACCAUCUCCUAAUUUCUUGGCUGAUUGUGCACAUGGACCAUGUUAUUGCAAAGGAACUGGAAACAAAAAUGAACAUCCAGAAUAUUUCCAUAGUGCUCAGCCCUACUGUCCAGAUCAGCAACCGUGUCCUGUAUGUAUUUUUUACACAUGUUCAAGAGUUCUUUGGGAAUGUGACGCUGAAGCAGGUGACAAAACCUCUUCGCUGGUCAAAUAUGGCAACGAUGCCAGCACUUCCAGAAACACAAGAAAGCAUCAAAGAAGAAAUCAGGCGGCAGGAGUUCCUACUGAACUGUUUACACAGAGACUUGCAGGCAGGGAUAAAAGACUUAUCCAAAGAAGAGAGACUCUGGGAGGUGCAAAGAAUUUUAACAGCUCUUAAGAGGAAACUAAGAGAAGCUAAGAGACAGGAGUGUGAAACAAAGAUUGCACAAGAAAUUGCUAGCCUCUCAAAGGAGGAUGUCUCCAAAGAAGAAAUGAAUGAGAACGAAGAAGUUAUAAAUAUUCUGCUUGCACAGGAGAAUGAGAUAUUAACAGAACAAGAAGAACUGGUGGCCAUGGAGCAGUUUCUGCGGAGACAGAUUGCCUCGGAGAAGGAAGAAAUAGAUCGCCUUCGAGCAGAAAUAGCUGAAAUACAAAGUCGCCAGCAGCACGGCCGAAGUGAAACCGAGGAAUAUUCUUCCGAGAGUGAAAGUGAGAGUGAAGAUGAGGAGGAACUGCAGGUCAUCCUGGAAGACUUGCAGAGGCAGAAUGAGGAACUGGAGAUAAAGAACAAUCACCUGAACCAAGCGAUUCACGAGGAGCGAGAGGCCAUCAUAGAACUGCGAGUACAGCUCCGACUGCUGCAGCGAGCUAAAUCAGAGCAGCAGGUGCAGGAAGAAGAGGAGCCAGAAAAACGCGGGGGUGUUUCUCAGCAGCAAAGAGACAGUGUCCUGGAGACAAAAGCAGCCAAAGAGCAGCCAAAAGCAAGCAAGGAGCAGCAAGUCAAGCCAUCGCCAAGUAAAGACAGGAAAGAAACUCCAAUUUAAUCCGGCUCCUUGGAUAUGCAUAAAAUCAACUGAACUGUGCAAAUUACUGUAAUUUGAGUCAAACUGCACAAAUUAUUGCUGGCUGUGUACAUUCUGUAAAGAAAAUUUUCUUCUAAGCCCUGGAGACUUUUGUCUCCAAUACUUGUGGCUUCUACUCAUCAGACUCAGGUGAGUUUGGAGAAGCCAGAAGAGUUUUCCAGUUAGUAUCAGAUUAUUUCAAGACUGGUUUCCUUCAGGUGAUUAAAAUAAUUCAGUAACAGUUUUAUUUUAAACCAAAAUCAUUAUUUACAUUCAUUGGAGCAGAAUUGGAAGAUCUCAUUUUCAGUAAAUAAAAACCCACCCACACUUACUAAUUAUUUGCCUUGUCAAUCUAUUCAUCCUCAUUCACCAUUAUUCUGCUUAUUAACCUAGUCACUUCUUGCUUGUGCCUUUGAUACCUUUCUGAUGCAGAUUAUAUACAAGGGAGCUUUAAAUUUAUUCUGGGUUGGCUGAAAAGUUGGGAGACUGCGGGGUAUCGUGUUUACCUAACAUGCCCUUAAGCUUCAUUUUUGUUCUGAGAUGUACUGAAUAAAUGUAAAAACUUGAGA